UGAUCGCGUCCGUCGCCAUCCGCCGACGUUUGCAGCGCUGAGCCCCAGCUUACCGCAGGCUCACUACACGGUGUCGGGCCGGGCGUCGCCGCCGGGCUGGUACCUGGAGCUAGAGCAGGAUGAAGUUAAAGGAAAUAGAUCGUACGGCCAUGCAGGCAUGGAGCCCUGCCCAGAACCACCCCAUUUACCUAGCCACAGGAACAUCUGCUCAGCAAUUGGACGCAACAUUUAGUACCAAUGCUUCCCUUGAGAUAUUUGAAUUAGACCUUUCGGAUCCAUCCUUGGAUAUGAAAUCUUGUGCUACUUUCUCUUCUUCUCACAGGUACCACAAGUUAAUUUGGGGGCCUCAUAAGACAGAUUCCAAAGGAGAUAUCUCUGGAGUUCUGAUUGCAGGUGGAGAAAAUGGAAAUAUUAUUCUUUAUGAUCCUUCAAAAAUUAUAGCUGGAGACAAAGAAGUUGUAAUUGCUCAGAAUGACAAGCAUACUGGUCCAGUGAGAGCCUUGGAUGUUAACAUUUUCCAGACUAAUCUGGUAGCCUCUGGUGCUAAUGAAUCUGAAAUCUACAUUUGGGAUCUAAACAAUUUUGUAACUCCAAUGACACCAGGAACCAAAACUCAGCCCCCAGAAGAUACCAGCUGCAUUGCAUGGAACAGACAAGUUCAGCAUAUUUUAGCAUCAGCCAGUCCUAGUGGCCGAGCAACUGUAUGGGAUCUUAGAAAAAAUGAACCGAUCAUCAAAGUCAGUGAUCAUAGUAAUAGGAUGCAUUGCUCUGGGUUGGCAUGGCAUCCUGAUGUUGCUACCCAGAUGGUCCUUGCCUCUGAGGAUGAUAGGUUACCAGUGAUCCAGAUGUGGGAUCUUCGAUUCGCCUCCUCUCCACUCCGUGUCCUGGAAAACCAUGCCAGGGGAAUUUUGGCAAUUGCUUGGAGCAUGGCAGAUCCUGAAUUGUUACUGAGCUGUGGAAAAGAUGCUAAGAUUUUCUGUGCUAAUCCAAACACAGGAGAGGUUGUUAUAUGAACUCCCAACCAACCACAGUGGUUGCUUGAUUAUUAUUCAGUUUGUCCCCGAAAUCCUGCUGUUCUGUCAGCUGCUUCCUUUGAUGGACGAAUCAGUGUUUAUUCUAUCAUGGGAGGGAGCUCAGAUGGCUUAAGGCAGAAACAAGUUGACAAGCUUUCAUCAUCUUUUGGGAAUCUUGAUCCCUUUGGAACCGGACAGCCCCUUCCUCCAUUACAAAUCCCUCAGCAGACUGCUCAGCACAGUAUAGUGCUGCCUCUGAAGAAGCCGCCAAAUGUCCGAAGACCUGUCGGGCUUUCUUUUUCAUUUGGAGGCAAGCUUGUCACCUUUGAGAAUGUCAAAGUGCAGUCUCAGCAGGGAGCUGAGCAGCAGCAGCACGUGUUCAUUAGUCAGGUGGUAACAGAAAAGGAGUUUCUCAGCCGAUCAGACCAACUGCAGCAGGUUGUGCAGUCACAAGGAUUUAUCAGUUACUGCCAGAAAAAAAUUGAUGCUUCGCAGACUGACUUUGAGAAAAACGUGUGGUCCUUUUUGAAGGUAAACUUUGAGGAUGAUUCUCGUGGAAAAUAUCUUGAGCUUCUAGGAUUCAGAAAAGAAGAUCUAGGAAAGAAGAUUGCUUUGGCCUUGAACAAAGUGGAUGGAUCCAAUGUGGCUCUUAAAGACUCUGAUCAAGUAGCACAGAGUGAUGGGGAGGAGAGCCCUGCUGCUGAAGAGCAGCUCUUGGGAGAGUGCUUUAAAGAAGAAAGACAAGAAUCUGAAUUUCUAUCCUCAGCUAGAGGAACAUUUAGUAUCUCCAUCAGUGGGGAUAUUGAUGGCCUAAUUACUCAGGCUUUGUUGACGGGUAAUUUUGAGAGUGCUGUUGACCUUUGUUUACAUGAUAACCGAAUGGCUGAUGCCAUUAUAUUGGCAAUAGCAGGUGGACAAGAACUCUUGGCUCAAACCCAGAAAAAGUACUUUGCAAAAUCCCAAAGCAAAAUUACCAGGCUCAUUACUGCAGUGGUGAUGAAGAAUUGGAAAGAGAUUGUUGAGUCCUGUGAUCUUAAAAAUUGGAGAGAGGCUUUAGCUGCAGUAUUGACUUACGCUAAACCAGAUGAAUUUUCAGCCCUGUGUGAUCUUUUGGGAGCCAGACUUGAAAGUGAAGGAGAUAGCCUUCUACAGGCCCAGGCAUGUCUCUGCUAUAUUUGUGCAGGGAAUGUAGAGAAACUAGUUGCCUGCUGGACUAAAGCACAGGAUGGCAACAGCCCUUUGUCCCUUCAGGAUCUGAUUGAGAAAGUUGUCAUUCUCCGAAAAGCUGUACAACUUAGCCAAGCCAUGGACACUAAUACUGUAGGAGUUCUUUUGGCUGAGAAGAUGAGUCAGUAUGCCAAUUUGUUGGCAGCCCAAGGCAGUAUUGCUGCAGCCUUGGCUUUUCUUCCUGAUAACACCAACCAGCCAAAUAUUGUGCAGCUUCGUGACAGACUCUGUAGAGCACAAGGAGAGCCUGUACUGGGACAGGAAACACCUAAAAUUCCUUAUGAGAGAUACCAGCUGCCCAAGGGCAGGCCUGGACCAAUUGCUGGCCACCCACAGAUGUCAAGAGUUCAAACUCAACAAUAUUAUCCCCAUGGAGAAAAUCCUCCGCCUCCAGGUUUUAUAAUCCAUAGAAAUGUCAAUCCAAAUGCUGCCUCUCAGCUCCCUACAUCUCCAGGUCAUAUGCACACCCAGGUACCACCUUAUCCACAGCCACAGCCUUACCAACCAGCCCAGCAGUAUUCCUUCGGAACAGGGGGGUCAGCAGUGUAUCGACCUCAGCAGCCUGUUGCUCCUCCUGCUUCAAGCGCUUACCCUAACACCCCUUAUAUACCUCCUGCUGCUUCCUAUUCUGGGCAGUCCCAGCUAUACCCAGCACAGCACCAAGCCUCCUCACCUACCUCCAGCCCUGCUGCUUCUUUCCCUCCUCCCCCUUCCUCUGGAGCAUCCUUCCAGCAUGGCGGACCAGGAGCUCCCCCAUCAUCUUCAGCUUAUGCACUGCCUCCUGGAACAACAGGUACACUGCCUGCUGCCAGUGAGCUGCCUGCGUCCCAAAGAACAGGUCCUCAGAAUGGUUGGAAUGAUCCUCCAGCUUUGAACAGAGUACCCAAGAAGAAGAAGAUGCCUGAAAACUUCAUGCCUCCUGUUCCCAUCACAUCGCCAAUCAUGAACCCUUUGGGUGACCCCCAGUCACAAAUGCUGCAGCAACAGCCAUCAGCUCCAGGACCACUGUCAAACCAACCUUCCUUCACACAGCCACAUCUUGCAGGUGGCCAGCCCUUCCCUGGUAUACAGCAGCCUCUUGGUCAAACAGGCAUACCGCCAUCUUUCUCAAAGCCCAAUAUUGAAGGUGCUCCAGGGGCUCCUAUUGGAAAUACCAUUCAGCAUGUGCAGUCAUUGCCAACAGAAAAAAUUACCAAGAAGCCUAUUCCAGAUGAGCACCUCAUUCUAAAAACCACAUUUGAGGAUCUUAUUCAGCGCUGCCUCUCUUCAGCCACAGAUCCUCAAACUAAAAGGAAGCUAGAUGAUGCCAGCAAACGUUUGGAAUUUCUGUACGAUAAACUUAGGGAACAGACACUUUCACCAACAAUCAUCAACGGUUUACACAACAUUGCAAGGAGUAUUGAAACACGAAACUACUCAGAAGGAUUGACGAUCCAUACCCACAUUGUUAGCACCAGCAACUUCAGUGAGACCUCUGCUUUCAUGCCAGUUCUCAAAGUUGUUCUCACUCAGGCCAAUAAGCUGGGUGUCUAAAAGGACAGCUUCGUUCUCAGCCCAUAUUGCAUUUUUCCAAAGAAACAUGUUUUAAAAAAAUUGUAAGACAUGGACCAAUCCUCAUUAGCAUGUUUUCAUAGCAGCCAGUCACAUUAUUUCUGCAGAUAUACUCACCUUGGAACUGCUCAAAACCCUGGUGCUUUCUUUUGUUUUAGUCUUGUUGCCCAUGAUUUUCCUAUUCUGCAAAUACUGUAUUUGUUGGAUUACACAUGGUAUGGUUUCCUGAUAUAUUCUGAGAGAAUAAGGUUUUUAAAACCUCAAUACUAUCUACUUUUUAGAAAAAAUUGCAUCUGGUUAUGCAUAAAGCAGAGCUAAAACUAAAUUUCUUUCGUGCCCUCCCUACUUCCUCCAUGUCAAUCAGAAUUAAAGUGUGUAAUCCUA